CCCACUGAAUCCUCCUAAUGAUUUUUAAGAAAGUUAUGUUAAAUUUAUUUGAACUUCAAUACACAAAAUCUCAUAAAUGGUGACUGACUGGCUCUUGAUGACAGCUAAAUCCGAAUCUCAACCUAACCUUUUGGGAAAAAUAAGUAUCCCACCGUAUUUAAAAAUCCACAUCUACCCAGCUAUAUAUAUUUUUUAAGUGAUUAAAUCUUCGUGCUCUUCACCUAGUAGGUGUUUAGGGUGGCAUCUGAUUGGUCAAAAUCAGAUAAAAGUUAUUUUUAACCUGGCAUUUUUAAAGGUUUACAAACCUUACUAAAUCCUUAGCAUCCUGUGUGUUAGCAAACAUGAAGUUGCUGCAGUGUGGACAGCAAGCGGCUCACUUCACUUAUUAUGCAACACAGCAGGAGUGAACAGCGCUUUUCCGUAUUGUUCUGCCACUAUUGUCCACAGGAUGUGUGGAUACCAUACUAGUCCUUUCCUCGUCCAUUAACGUUAAACCCUGUUAAUUAUUUAUUCUCUUUUUGUGUCAAAUACAAAUCUAUAUUUCUCACCCCAUGUCGUGGUCCAACAAAAAGGUGCACAUUUGCCAGUAGCGUUCAUUUAUAACUAGCGGACCAUUUGAAUAACAAUGCUUUGUUUGUGCGGAGGUGCUAUAAAAGGCCCUGGAAACAUGAGAAAUCUCUCCAAUAGACACCAUGGGCAAGGUAGGCUCCUCUCGGCUGGCAUCGAAUCAUAUUUUAGUCCUUUUGUUUAACAUCACGCAACCACCCGUCUCCCGACAGAUCAUCUUUUACGAGGACAAGAACUUCCAGGGUCGCAGCUAUGAGUGCAGCAAUGACUGCACAGACCUUCACUCCUUCUUUAACCGCUGCAACUCCAUCCGGGUGGAGAGUGGCUGCUUCAUGAUCUACGAGCGAGCCAACUUCAUGGGUCACCAGUACUUCAUGAGGAGGGGAGACUAUCCCGACUACCAGAGAUGGAUGGGUUUCAGUAGCUGCAUCCGCUCGUGCAAGAUGAUUCCCGCAUACCGAGGCUCGUACAGAUUGCGUAUCUAUGAGAAGCCUGACUUCAGCGGUCACAUGAUGGAGUUCAUGGACGACUGUGCCUGUGUAUCCGACCGUUUCCACCACCGCCAUAUCUACUCCUGUAACGUCAUGAAUGGCUACUGGAUCUUCUACGAGUACCCCAACUUUCGAGGGCGCCAGUACUUCCUGAGGCCUGGCGAGUACCGACGAUACCGCGACUGGUGCGCCACCUGCGCCAUCGUGGGUUCCUUCCGGAGGGUCACAGAAUUUUAGCCAUGAGAUUAAAGCCUUGCUGUAAAUAUCAAACGCUUUGUUUAUUAAAGA